GUCAUGAUUGCCACGGACGACACCUGAGCACACUCGUCGUGUUCGGAUGUUGCCGACGACACGCACCUCGCAUACAUGACUUGGCUGACCUCAGGUUCCGUCGCUACGAAAUGCUCUAGAUUCCCAUGCCGCCCAGCGGCCCACUCAUUCUCUCACAGGUCAUAGGGAUCCGAUCGAUAACUUGUAUGCAUGCGCCAAGCGCAACGUCUCCACGCGACACCGCCCGCGCUCUGAAUCCCAGGAAACAUGGCAGAUUCAUUAAAACGCUACGUAAAAAACAGACGACCCCGUGUAUCGCCGUCUGUUUGUGGUGGGGGCUCGUGUGUCAUUUAUGCGAGGCGAGCGGCGCCAGGCUGGAAGCCACUCGGCUGCUCAGUGACGGGCGCGGGCGCGUUGGGCUGGAAACCGCUGGGAUACUCGACGUUGGGGUUCGACGCCGACGUAUCGAUAGCGGAGGGAAGGACGGGGGGCGCAUCUUGGCCGAUCUCACGGGACUGAGGCAUGUCAUUGCGCUGAUUCUGGUGAGGCGAUUCGAAGGUUUCGGUGGCGGGAUUGUACGUGCCAUCGUUGGGCAUGUACGGCGCAGUGGGGGGCACGUAUCCGCUCGGCGAGCUCUUGUUUCCUGCACCGGGCGGGGCAGUGUCGAGGCCGGGGCUGUCGGGGCGGCUGUCAUCGCCAGCCUGGAAUCAGCCUCGUCCUUCGUCGCCAGCUUGUUGGCCGCUUCCUCACCUUCUCAACUGGCGUUCCGGCUUCCUCCUCCUCGUCAUGCACAUCUCCACCCGUCUUGCGCGCCCUCCACUUCCGCCAUAGAUAGACCACUACGAUCAGGAGCACGAUGGCACCGAUGAUGCUGCCCACGAUGAUGCCCGUCCUCUUGUUCAUCGUCUUCUUGGGGCACG